AUGGCGGCUCUUCCAGAUUUCACUCUCUACUACAGCGCAGGAGCUUGCUCGAAUGCAGUUCGUCUGGCCCUUCACGAGCUCUCCAUCCCCUUCCAAUCUGUCAACACCCGCCGCAACGCCAAUCUGAAGAUCGAACCUGCCGACGGCUCGCUUACUGCGGAGGAGUACCGUGACCAGGUUCACCACAAGAACUACGUCCCUGGCUUUGUCAUCACCUUUGCCGAUGGACACAGGGAGUCCAUCACCGAGACGCCCGCUAUCCUCUCUUACAUUGCUUCUCUUCGUCCCGAAAGGGGCUUGGCGGGCAAGACAGAUCUUGAGAAAGCAAGGGUUCUCUCAUGGGCCGUCUACUUUGCCGGCGAGCUGCACGGAGUGGGAUGGGGGGCACUUUUGGCACCGAAGAGGUUUGUGGAUGUCAGCGACAAGAAGUUGGAGGAGGCUGUGAAGGAGGGUGGAAAGAAGAACAUCAAGGCUGCGUAUGAGCAUCUGGAGACAGAGCUGCAGAAGGGCGGCGGGGAGUGGAUUGUUGGAGAUUCGCUGACACUGGCGGAUGUGUAUUCGUAUAUCUUGUACAGGUGGGGAGUUAUGCAUGAGUUUGGGAUGGAGAAGUAUGAGAGGUACACUGAGAUUGUGAAGAAGCUCGAGGCGAGAGAGAGCACCAAGAAAACUCUGGAGGAGGAAGGGCUGCCGGCUCACUUUCAGUGA